CUCGGCUGCGCGCGCACGUGCUGCUGCUGCCGUCUCAUUGGCUUAAUCGCCGCACGCCUACUGUUUCCGUCUCCCGGCAUCACAAGAGAUAGGAAAGGGAGGUUAAAAAGAAGAGAAGCCCUGCUGCUGUCGUCUUCAGGGUACCGUUCCGUCUCCCUGUCUGCGGCAGAGAGAUAGGAAAGGAGAGAGAGAGAGAAUCCCUUGCUGCUCUCGUCGGGAUAUCCUGUUUUGUGUAUUAUUACCGUGGAAACAGAGAAGCACACUAGCUGGUUGUACAUGAGAUGGACAUAGGAGGAGAUAGCAGAGCCCAAUUCUCCAGGACUGGAAGGCGCUGCUGUGCAAGAAGAGUUCGAACUUGAACCCAACUGCGCAGCACGAUUUUUGAAAUGGUUAAUUUUUUAACAACAUUUUUGCUUAUUGAAAGUAUUUACGACCCGCUCUUCAUUCAAAAGUGCCAGGGUGGAAAUGUACACAGUGUAAAUUUGACAUUUUAUAUAUAUAUAAAAAAACACAGCCAAAAACUUAAAACAAAAUAUAGACUUCAGUUACAAAUAAAACCAGCACCCGCAGCAGAAAUUCAAAUGCGCAAUACACCUCACCCAUUCCCAGAUGCCUGGGUUGUAAGCCAGAAGGCAUUGUCCGUGUACUAUUUCAGUCUAUAGCUUUUACGUAUUAGAAUCAGAAUUGUAGAGUCGGAAGGGACCCUGAGGAUCAUCUAGUCCAACCCCCUGCUAUGCAGGAAUAUGCAGCUGUGCCAUAGAAGGAUCGAACCUGCAACCUCGGCGUUAUCAGCACCAUGCUCUAACCAGCUGAGUUACACAUUGAGAACCUGGAUUGAAAAGUAACUAACAGCUAAAUCCAGUGCUUUUUUUCUUGGGGGACACAGGGGGACGCAUACCCCUAAACAUUUUGUGAAUCUAAGUUUGGCUUCAUUGAGGGGGAGUAUUUCAAUAUAAGUAGGAAAAUGAGAGUACCCCUAAACAUUUUUUUAAGGGAAAAAAAUCACUGACUAAAUACAAUAUGCAGUUACCCUGAACUGAGUCCCAAUGUAUCCAAUUUGGGCUUACUACAUGGUAUGUUAAACCUGCAACUGUAAGCAGCAUUGGAUAAAGUUGUGUUUAUUGUUCAGUAACCAUGCAUAGGAUUGGACUGUAACAUUUGAGGCCAGGGACAUUUAACGCAAAAUAGUGAUUAAAAGCAUUUGGCCCAGCUCCACUUGAGAGUAAUCACUAUUCUAGGAUUUGUAAAGAAGAGUGCAGUACAAAAGCCUGCACAAACUUGCAUGAGAAAGAAAUGUGGUGGUAGAACACUCCUCACAGAUUGCUGUGGAAGUCCACCAGCUAUUUCUGAACAUCUGUAUUUGUGAACACUUGGUGUGCCCAACAGAAGUUGUAUCACUUCUGUAUGUGUCCCCUUCCUUCUUUGGUGUUGUUGCAUGUCACUCCAAUCUUCGAGCAGUGCAAGAUAACAGGUGUUCCCCCGGGGUUCAUGUUUCCUUUUGGAAUGAAGCACAGCGGAGACUAUGGUGUCUUUAUGAUAUAUGGGUUUUUCACACUGAGCCUACAAUCCCAGCCUCAUCACCCUUUUUUCUCCCAUAAUUGCAGCCUUGGACUCGAACAGACAUCAAACAGUGCUCUCUGACACUUUCUCCACCUUGCUAGUUACUUCUAGGUCCUAUCACUGCUCUGAAUCUUUCUACUCUAAAUCCUGGCUUUAUCUGUUGAAGGAAGGACCCCCAUCCACCUGCUGUCUCGCACCAAACCCCUUAAUCCCCCUUAAUGGCUUGUCACACAAGCUAUCACCCUCACUAGGAGGCUAGCUUGGCUAUUCCAUGAAUUGGAAGCCUUGAUUAAAUUCUAACACUUGCUGGAUCCAGGGUCUGGCACCCAGUUUAACAGCCUAAACAGUGUGUAUGAUUCCUACCUUUUGGUUGCAGCUGCUAAUUGGCUAAGGGAACCGCUUAGCUGUGUAUACUGGAGGCUGAAAUUAGCAUUAAUUUCUUGAUAGAUGCUUGUAUAAUGUGGGUCAAAACAAGUACCUGUCAUUUCUUGUUGCAAGUGGAAUACUGAUGUGUUUACCUUAGUGGAAAGGAAAGGAAUAAAAGGGGUUUUUAACCUAUCUUUCAAAGGUGGAGGUUUGUUUUUAAAAGCAUUCCUUUUCUGAAUACAGUAAUGUUCAAGCUUAUAAAUUACCCACAUUAAUACAGAUAUCCAAAUAUAAAGUAAUGCAGUGUAAACAUUUCAACUUCAUAUAUUCCUUCUUCCAAUUGAUAACAAUAAAAAACACAAAGAAAUACUAUCUAUCCAAGAAGGAAGGAGAUACAGAAUCUUCAGGGAGAUAGCAGCAUAGGGCUAGAACACUGGUCCGUUGCUAGGAUACCAAACAGCAGCAUCCAGACUUAACUGUUUCCAUCUUUGGAUACACACAGAGCUUAUUCUUCUAGACAAGAGUGAAGAAAAUACCAGUAAGGGUUUGGUCACCCUUGCAUCAGGAACAAAGUUCUCCUCUUCAUAUGAGUGUGAGUCGUCUUUUAGUAAGUACUCUUUCCAUGUUCUUAAGUAGUAGAUAUCAAAUGGCAGUUUAGUACCUACUUAGUUUGAAUAGGGUCUGGAAUCUGCAUUGAGCUAAUUCAACCGAAGGUCAGUUUACACAUCAAUGUGGUUGGAUUACCCACCAUGGGCCUGAUCCAUCCCAAAGUCUGGCUUCUGUUCUGUGGCUCCUGUCCAUUUUCACGGGGCUUAUGCAGAAGGAUUUCAGGGGUGCAUAGCACUAACCUGAAACAAACUCUUAGGAAUUGCAGCCUUUAAGUUCCACAGAGCAAGCCUUUAAUCACAGAUUUCCACCCAGGUCAAAGCUAGCUAUUAAUUUAUUGGUUUCUUUAAAUAUCUUGGCAACUUUUUAAACUGGUAAAGGUUGUCAAAGCAGCUUAUAUUUCCGUUUGUUAAAUUAUUGUAAUGUACAUCUAUUAUUCAAAAUGUUUUCUUCCUCCUCCCACUGCUUGCCACCAUUUUUAGAUCCAAAAGGACUAAUCGCUGCCACAGACACUUGGAGAACUGAAAAUGGAGACUGCAUAUCUCAAAAAAUGCCUAGGCAGAUGCUUGGCAGAGGGCCUUGCCGAGGUGGCAGAACGUCGGCCAGCAGACCCAAUCCUGUACUUGGCAUGGUGGAUUUAUAAAUAUCGAAAAAAUAUGGAUGAUGCACUUCACGUGAGUCCUCUGCUUCUACAUUUAAUAUUGUCAGGCUCUUCAAAUAUUAAAUGCUAAUGCUGGUUAUUAUAUUAGGGGAACAGUCUUGUGUGUGUUAAGUGAAAACACAAGUAUCGGCUUUGCAUCAUUUGAUGCUUGCUGAAUGGCCAGUUGAUAAUCCUAGAGCCAUGAAUGAGAAAGCACAUACUUUCAGGGCAGGAGCUAAAAUUGCUUCGUUCCCAUUCCCUGUCCUGGCAUUCCUGUUAUUAAAUUAAAGGUGUUCACUACUGCCAUUGUUAAUAACGCUUGAGCAGAGCUUUACACCAUAGAGAUGUCAAGGCUAAGCUACGCCCCUUUCUGCAGCUAGAGAGAGUCCUAAACAAGCAAAAUUUUUUAAAUUUUAAUUUAUUAAUAUUAUUAUUAGGCUGGGAACUGCACUCCUGCUUGCUCUGCUUGCAUAUUUGUAAGCAGACAAGAUAUUACUGUAAAGUCCAGAUACUUUUGCUUAGCAAUAGAUCUGAGCCUCUCAUUUUCUGUCGCCUGAACUUUUUGCUACUCAGAGAUGUGAAACUCUGUAUCUCCUUUUCUGUUUUCUCUUAUGCUGACUUUUUAAAAAAACAAUCAUUUCCAGAGGAAACUGGAAAGGGAAGAUCUGGAGCAAGAGCGUGAGGAGGCCAAAAGAGAACUGGAAAUGAUCGAAAGAAUGAAGGAAGAAGAACUUUUGUUUCAGCAGAAGCUUGAAGAAGAGAGGCAGGUAGGGCAGAGCAACCAAACAGAGAAACAGUCAAAAAGCCCAAGCUGCGUGUGAGUGCUUCCAGAAGGGGGCAUUAUUAUAAAGAUCUGAUUUUCCCCCCUUUGUGGCUAGCAUCCACACAUUCCUGAGGACCAGGGGUUAACCGGAGCCUUCCAUUUUAUGAACAGAAGAGCAUUGUGCCUGCAACAAGGGAUUCUUUUGAAUGUUCUGAGGUUAUACAUUGAUAAUUUUUGAGAACUCAUAUCUCAGAGAUGAAUUAAAAGACACUGGCAGGGUUUGUAAUGUUUGGGCAGAAAUGUACUUUUGCGCUAGCUAAUGCAAUUUCAUUUAAUACACCUGUACAAGUCUGCUGAGAAGUAAAUCUGGCUGAGUUCGGUAGGCUUUACUUCGAGGUACAGUGGUGCCCUGCAAGACGAAUGCCCCGCAAGACGAAAAACUCGCUAGACGAAAGGGUUUUUCGUUUUUUGAACUGCUUCGCAAGACGAUUUUCCCUAUGGGCUUGCUUCGCAAGCCAGAAACGUCUUGCAAGUUUGUUUCCUUUUUCUUAACACCGUUAAUACAGUUGCGACUUGACUUCGAGGAGCAACUCAUAGAACGCGGUGUGGUAGCCUUUUUGAGGUUUUUAAAGACUUUGGUGAUUUUUGAAGCUUUUCCAAAACUUUCCCGACACCGUGCUUCGCAAGACGAAAAAAAUCGCAAGACAACAAAACUCGCGGAACGAAUUAAUUUCGUCUUGCGAGGCACCACUGUACCUGUGUAUAGGAUUACAGCCUUUGUGUGCCCCAUGUGUGGAUGGGCGGAUAUUUUUCCUUUGGCUGAUCUCUAAUCCCAACCCACAAUUCAUAAAUCAAAGCCAACUGGUCCUUUUUAAAUGAUAUAAACUAUUUAUUCAUACAUAGGUGGGGGGGACACCCUUGAUUAAACAUGGAACGAAGGCAUAAGAUUUUAAAUUUUUCUGUGACCUUAAAGCAAGGAAGUGCAAAAUUAUAUGAUUUCUACUUUCACUGACCAAUCUAAACUGAACACCAGAGAAGUUGGCUCAGUUUGCACACAAUGCUAAGUCGGCUGGUGGGUCUCAUUUUUUUUAAUGCCACCCCCCCCACCUGCCAUGCAAAAACUCCCUGCAAAUCAAGAAGAAAGAAAAAGACUAGCACAUCAAGGGAGAAAUUCCUUUUCACCAACUUGCACUUUUGCAUGAUAUGGCUGCAGGCACAAAUGGAACGAGAACGGGAAGAACAAGAGAGAUUAGAGAGAGAAAGAGAAGAAGAGCUUCUAUUGGAGCAGAAACUACAAGCAGAGUUGGAGGUAGGAUAAAAUGUCAUUGAUGAUCAUUUCUAUUUUGCAUGCCAACACUCAUCAAAUAGCCGUCUCCCAAAUUAUGUUCCAGCAGCCUUGAAUGGCUUGUUUCUCCUGUGAUCUGGGUCCCCCCCCCCCAAGUGUUCUUGCCUCCUGCAUUUGAAGUUUGGUGAGCAUCUAGGUUAGGAGAGCCAAGCAAACCAUGGUCAAGGAUGAGUUUGCACAUAAAGCCAAGCCAUAGUUAUUUUCCCAUCCUUUAAAACAGGACAUGUGCAAUAACAAUAAGGGCCAAUAGCUGCUGGGCAGUGGAGCAGGGGGAAGUUACAUGUCGCCAAUUUAUUUAAAUUAUUCCCGAAGAAGACAUUUUUAGGCUUUCGUUGAAAAACAAGCAACCAUCUAAUCAGUCAGAAUUGGCCUCUGCUGACUGUGGUGGCUCCUUGUCUUAGUCACAUUGCUCAGAGAAUAGAGGGAGAAAUUCAGUGGGUCUCAAGUGCUGCUGUGUGUCUCAAACAGGUCCCAUUUGUUUCAAUGAAAUUUUUGUGCACAGGAGAUACUGCCCAUUCAGCUCAAUGGUCUGAGAAAGGAGCUGGGGAAUGGCUCGCACCUUGAUUUUCGUGUGCUUGCAUAUUUACCGCUUUGUUCAGCUGAAUACAUCGUAAAAUUGCAUGGAUUCGCCAUGUAUUAAAAAUGGAAUUUGAAUUGUAGGCAAAGGCAGCUGCUGAGAAAGAGACACCGUCGAAAACCUUAGCUGAGCUGACCGACAAAUAUGGGGCUCCUCAUCUGAGCAGAGUUGAUGAGAUAGAUGAAAUUGAACAAUCUGACGUAAGUACGGCCAGAUUCCUCUAAGAAGGCCACUAGCGGGACACGAAGGCAGGAGCCGUUUCCUGUUGCUCCUCUCCAUCAACUGGUUUUCAUUGACAUUUUGCCUCUGAAUAUAGAAAUCCCUUGGCGUUGUUGGUUUCAUAUGACCAACAGUCUUAUUAUCCUCCAUGAAUUUUCCUAAUCCCCUUUUACAGCUACUUAAGUAGUGACCACCAUCGCCAUGUCCUCUGGAAGUUAGUUCUCAUUUCCAGUGCGUGAUUCCAUUGAGAGCGUGAGCUACUGGUGUGACACUCAUGCCAGGGUUUCUGGAAUAUUAGAGUGUGGGCAGAAAGCAAGGAGAGCGGUGGUGCUCACCUCUGCUCUUCUUCUGGGGCAGUGAUUUUCAAGCAUUUUGCCUCCGGAGGACCGAUACUUGCACAUGGUCUGGGUGAGUGGAGGGAGGAGAUAACCUCAGUCCCAUCCCUCCUGAAGUGGCAAAAUGCAAGGAUCCAGUAAUGAAAGAAUACUCUCUGGUGCCCGGGUUAUUAUAGGGCCAAACUAGAUAUGAUGGCAGAAAAUCUGCCACAAACACAAGAAAAAAGCAAGGGGUUUUAUCUAGUUUUGAUAAUAAAGGGAGUGGCUGAAUAAAAUAUAGAGAGAGAGAUCUCCCCCUAUUGGAUGCUUACCUCCCUGAAAUAUACACAGAGUCCUGCAGUAGUUUCAUGCUCUUUAUCGCAGCUUGUAAAACAGUGAUUGAAUUGCCCCCCAAACCUCAGGCUUUUAUAUACAUUAUUUUCGCAAUGAGUCCCAUCUGAUUGGCUGAUUCUGCUUCCUUCCUGGAGCCUGAUUGGUCUUUUCCUGCAGGCCAAUCAGUUGUUGCAUUCUCCGAUCCUGCCAGCCUAAUAUGCUGAUUAACUUCCUCCUAGAGCCUGAUUGGUCUUCUCUUGCAAGCCAAUCAGUUGUUGCAUUCUAGGAUCCUACCUGCCUAUUGUUCUAGGAUCCAAACUUACUACAUAACAUUCCCUGCAACUAUCUCUCUAGGCAACUUUUUCCCAGUUGAACUCAUUUCUGAUAUUAAAAUAAUGGAAUUGCAGAAUCGUGGAACUGGGAGGGACCCCGGGUGUCAUCUGAUAAAUUCUAAGAAACACCCCCUGAAAUGUUUGGGUUGAGUUUUUGUUCACUGAGUAGUCUGACAGCCAUUUAAACACUUUUUUUUUUUUUUGCUUUUUCACAGAUCAUCUUAAGAGUUCCAAUAAACGAUAACUUUCUCUCUUUCUCCUCCUCUCUUUUUUCUUGACUUCUAGCAUGCACUGACUACAGUAGCUGAGACAGAGGAAGGAGAAGAGUCGCCUGUUUGAGAGAUAUCUUUCCCACCUGCAGUUGUUUAUUCCAGAAACUUCAAGGGCUGCUACAGAGAUGUGGAUGGUUGGUAUCUGUUUUAGGGCUACUGAUACAAUGAAUUAAUGCAGCUAAAGAGCAAACUCCUACCACCAAGAUAUAAAAUAAAAGCAAGUUGUAUAAGGUAGUCCCUAUUUACUUACUGGAUGAGGCAGUGCCUUCAUGUACAAUAUAACCCAAUCACUAGUUGGGAAUAAACAGAACUAAGAGCCCAACAGCAAGACCUGGUUCAAGUUAGGAUGGUCCUCUCUGUUGUAUUGGCACUGAGGUUGUGCCCAAGAUUGCCAUGUCAUAGACUUCAAAUCACUGCCUCUCUGGGGAAGACCAGAGAGGGCAGAAGCAGAGCGGAUUCUAACGGGUCAGGAGUCAUGACUGGCAUUGACAGAAUCUACAUCAGGCACCCCCAAACUCAGCCCUCCAAAUGUGUUGGGACUACAUUUCCCAUCAUCCCUGACCACUGGUCCUGUUAGCUAGGGAUGAUGGGAGUUGUAGUCGCAAAAACAUCUGGAGGGCUGAGUUUGGGGAUGCCUGAAUUCCACAUGGUCACUCAUGGGUGGAACAAGACAGGUUUGUGGGUGGAAUCAGUAACAACAAAGUUUACUAGAGAUACUCUGAAAUUCAUCUCUUAACACAGGCAUCAGCAUAAAGCCAUGUUUUUAUCAUAUUUUGUGCCAUUUGGACCCCGACAUUUCAGGUGUGCACAUGGGGAAUUUGCAUUCCCUAAUGGGACUCCAGUUGGCUUCCUUUGCUGUGAAAUUCUGAAAUAAAACAAGACACAUGUACACAGAAGACACCAAAAACAGAAGAGUCGCCCCUUUUAUAUUAGUAACAAAAUAGGUGGAGUAUGGUUUUUAUUUUUAUUUUAGGAUUAUAUGAUUAUAUUUGGAUGAAGUGGUGUUGCUGUUUGAAAAAUAUCUCCAGAUAUGUGGAUUUCUCCCUCUCCCUCCCCCUCAAAUGGUUCUUGCAGGUUUAUUUAGCUAAACCUGAGACCCCUUACGCAGACACUGAAAAGAAUGCGUUGAUAGUAAUACGCUCCUCACAGCUGUUGCCAUCCUACCAGUAAGGAUGAAAACAGAUAUGAGGCCCAAAAUAAGGUCAAACUGAAUUAAGCAGUGUAACUAGAUGGGCUCCUCUCAAAGCUGGAAUUCUCUGUGUGCAUAUCCACACGCUAAAUGGAAGUUACACAUAAACUUGUUCUUUAUUAAGAGCCUGCAUUGCAGAAGCUUAUGUGUAUUGAGCAAACCUUAGCCAACACAGUUGUAACUUUCUUUCCCAUGUGUUGAACACUUAGGAUAUUAUUUGCACCACAGUUAAAUAAUAGGCCACUUUUCCUACCUUGGGCAAGUGGCUGCUAUCAACGCAGAGUGGGGUAGUGAGGUUAGCCCUGUGCCCAGCUCACAUCCAUAUAUUGGAUGCUACAUGUAAUACCAGGCAUGGGAAAUUUACCAUGUUUCAUGUUAUGGGCAAGUGCAUAUUGGGCUUUAUAAACCUACAUUUAAGUUAGAUGUUCUGUCUGACCCAUGGAGGUGAGGUAAACCUAGGGAGUGAGGCAGGCAUGCCCCAAAGCGAAACAGGCAGACAGGAUUCAGCUGCCCCUUAGUGCCACACUUAUACCCACUUUGCAGAGAUGUGCAAAGAGCUACAGUACAACCACAAUGAAGCAAAUGGCCUGAGAAUAUCCAAAUGCAGUUGGCUAACCAAAUAUUGCAUCAACACAGAUUUUAGAGAUCAGAAUCCUAUUAUGUUUAUUUGUAUGUCAUAUUUCCAUUAUAGGUAAAAGGGUAAAGGGGACCCCUGACCAUUAGGUCCAGUCGUGGCCGGAUCUGGGGUUGCGGCGCUCAUCUCGCUUUAUUGGCCAAAGGAGAUCUUGGCGUACAGUUUCCAGGUCAUGUGGCCAGCAUGACUAAGCUACUUCUGGCGAACCAGAGCAGCACACGGAAACGCCGUUUACCUUCCCGCUGGAGCGGUACCUAUUAAUCUACUUGCACUUUCGAUGCUUUUGAACUGCUAGGUUGGCAGGAGCAGGGACCAAGCAAUUGGAGCUCACCCCAUCGCGGGGAUUUGAACCGCCGACCUUCGGAUCGGGAAGUCCUAGGCUCUGUGGUUUAACCCACAGCACCACCCGCGUCCAUUAUAUUAUGCCCAAAUAGCUCACAUAUUCAUAAUCAUCAUACCAGUGAGUGCAACAAAAAUCUAUUCAUAAAACAUUGCGCGGUGCAAUACAAACUAACCUAAUCAAACAGCUGUAGAUGUAGAACAAGUACUUCCUAGUUUAUCUGUGCAAGGAAACGAUGAACCAAAUGUGUUUUUCGGGAUCGGUGCCAUUUUUAAUUAAACUUCCUAAUAUGUCAAUACAGUGGUACCUCGGGUUCGUUCCAGAGGUCAGUUCUUAACCUGAAACUGUUCUUAACCUGAAGCACCACUUUAGCUAAUGGGGCCUCCUCCUGCUGCUGCUGCGCUGCCGGAGCACGAUUUCUGUUCUCAUCCUGAAGCAAAGUUCUUAACCCGGAGUACUAUUUCUGGGUUAGCGGAGUCUGUAACCUGAAGCGCAUGUAACCUGAAGCGUCUGUAACCUGAGGUACCACUGUAUAGAGAAAUCUGGAUAAUGUAGACGAAAAAAAGAUCUCGUUGCUACAUCUACACAAUGGCUCCAUUUGUGUAUUUUUCAUAAUGUUUGAUGGAGAGUCCAGAGUUACCAACUUUUGACUUAAAAAGAUUUGGGCCUGGGGCAGAACAGUCAAAGCCAGGACAGAACCUGAUGGGGCAGAGCCAAUGCACGGCUGAGUCUGGCAAGUCGGGGUGGAGGCAGGAUGGGUUCUGGUGCAUUGGACAAUCAUAGAAUUGUAGCAUUGGAAGAGACCACAAGCGCCGUCUCAUCCAACCCCCUACAAUGCAGGCAUAUUGUUACCCAAUGUGGGGAUCGAACCCUUGACCCUGCAAUGAAGAGUCUCAUGCUCUACUGAUUGAGCGGAACCCAGCAUAAUUAGGCAAGCCAUGGACCAGAGUUAGGCACGCUUGUCGCAGAAUCCCAGUUUACUCAUUUUCCAGACUUCUCCUGUUCCAGUUAGCUGGCCCAGAACCCUUAAUGGCUGGCCCAGAAAAGUGUGGACUUGCUGGCAACCCUACACACGCAUACCCCGGGACUAAUAAUUCACUGAGGCUCCAAGGUUUGUUUCCUCCACAUCUUUCCCUAUGGACCUUGCCUUUUGAAACACUUCACAGAAGCUGUGGGCAACAUCCUGUACAAAUGCAGUGACCCGUCGCUUCUUGUAAGGCGUGACGAAAAUUUCCAUGCGAGCAUUAGUAGAUUACAAGGUGUCACUUAACAACUAUUUUGGAGUACUUGUUAAAGGAAGCCUGUUACCUGCUGUCAGAAAAAUGAAGAAAUGCACCAGUAUCAUUGCGCUUCCAUAGAUUUGCCCAAGGCCGUAUGAUGUAUCGGUGACGUGAAUAUGGCAGGAACUUGAAUGUGGGUUUCCUGUGCUGGGCAACCAACACUUGAUAACUGGCUCAUAAUGAUCUAAGAGCCAUUGUGAGUUCAUCAUACAACUUCAGGGAACAGGCUGGUUCAUACACUGUGUCUGUAGGGUGUCCAUGCACCCAUGUAUAGAAAUAUUGCUAGAGGUUUGUAUGCGCUUGCCCACUGCUGCUAAAAAGUUUACUGCAAGCCACACUGGUCAAAUGAUCCAUCCACCUUGUUUUGAUGAUGGACAAAUAGCUAGGGUGGAUAUGUGCAUCUCACAGGCAUUUAAGCUCAUAAACUUGAAUUCACAUUCAAUAUUUUGUAGCAGGUUCGAAUCCCCGCGACGGGGUGAGCUCCCGUUGCUCGGUCCCUGCUCCUGCCCACCUAGCAGUUCAAAAGCACGUCAAAGUGCAAGUAGAUAAAUAGGUACCGCUCCGGCGGGAAGGUAAACGGCGUUUCCGUGCGCUGCUCUGGUUCACCAGAAGCGGCUUAGUCAUGCUGGCCACAUGACCCGGAAGCUAUACGCCGGCUCCCUCGGCCAAUAAAGCGAGAUGAGCGCCGCAACCCCACAGUUGGCCAAGACCGGACCUAAUGGUCAGGGGUCCCUUUACCUUUAAAGUUCAUUGACUCCCAUGCCUCACUAACCAUAUAUAGGUAUAUAUUAGACACUGGAUUUGUGCAUGACCUGGGAAGCUGUUUGUACACUCCCAUGAUAAUCUUAUCUGAUUGUGGGAAAAGAUUUUGCUUUCUCAGAUAAAAUGCACUUCUUCAGUCCUUCACUAGGCAGUGUGUUUGUGGUUAAAUGCAAGAGAUUUGAUUGAUAAAGGAUCUGCAGGGGAAGAAACCGCAGGAUGAAAGUGAGAGGAGUCAAGUAGCAAACCCAGACCCAGAUCACAGAAAUAAAUCACAUUCUGUGACACCAAACAACUCCAGUUCCCUGCAGCUGUGUCUCAGAUGAGUUUCUGGGUGUGUGGGAAGAAACCGACCAAUCGUUCCUCUGUGUUUUCACCCCACCUCCCAAACAGGCUCUUGAACACUGGGUAUUGGCUGCAUUGCAGCACACCUCUUGGUUCAUUAUUAUCUCAAACAAUGUUGUUUUUGCUAUUUGUACAUGGAUCAGAAAGAGAGACAGAGGCAAAAAAGGGGGUAGGAAGUGGACGGAUUUAUUUAUUUAGCCGAUAAGUGUAAACUUGUGAAGAAACCAGCACUGGUGACCGGUUAUGAGCAUAGCGCGCUUUGCAGAGCGUUCAUUUGUAACAGCAAACAUGGAAGUAAAAUGGAAGGAAUUCAAUUAAAUUUAACAGCACUUGGAAGUGAGUACUGAUGCAGUUGGUGAAACUUGCUUUGUUAACGCUCCUUAUUUUGGAAUAUUGGAAUAUUGAAACAUUUGGAAUAUUGGACACCUCCCCUGCCCAGGCCAAAUAUUUAAUAGGGUCCACAACUCAUCAUGGUGGGAAAGGGAUACCCAAGAGAAGGAAGAAGGCUUCUUCUUCCUGCACCCCCAUAUCUCCCACAUUUCUUGCAAAGGGGCAAAGCAAUAGGAUGUAUCCUAACUCUUGCUCUUCCUCCCUCUCCCCUGUCUUUUAAGAGAUACAGGCCGUAUGGUUUGGGGAAGGAACAUCUUCUGCCAUCUGUGUAGAACUGGAGGUUGGCACAGCCGGAGCUUUAUCAGAUCUCCAGCCCCAACAAAGUCAAUCACAGGGGCUUGCAUGAGGUUUAGUGGGUGAAAGCCCUGGUAGGAUACACUCUUCCCCUGAGCCCAGCUCAGCCACAGCCCCCUAUGAUCACUUUGGGAAUGACUGUGAGCUGGACCUCCACUUUGCUGACUCCACAGUUUGCGGCUUCACUCAUCCACACACAGCUGGGUUGUGCUGACAGAUACAAAUACAACAUUUGCCCAAAUGUACUAGACUUUUUAAAAAUAAAGUUCUCCCUGGAGAUGCUGAUGUCAUGGACUGGUUGGACACAGAGGAAUGGUGGGAAGAACCAGCUGGGGAACCACCAAGGGAAGAAUGCUCAGAGCUUGGGAAGUGCUGGUGGGACGAUGAUCAGAGGGAGAAGAGAGAAAAGACUUGGAGGAGGAGGAGGUGUCAGAAGCUGAAGAUGUAACAGGGUUUAGUGAGUGGGGAGAGUUGUGACAGAGGAAAGUCCAGAAUCAGAGGCAGAAGCUGAAGCAGGUAGGUGGGAGGAGAGAGGCCAAGAGGCAGAGAUGAGUCAGGUUGGUGAAGAUCAUGGGUGUCUCUGUCUCUUGCUGCGACAAGCUCCAACCUUCCCUGGUCUCCCAGAACCAGAAGAGGCACGGAAGCAUUGAAGGAGAUAUUGACAAUGCACAGAUGCAGUCUCGGGUUGCUUGGGGAAAGUCCUGAUGAGAAGGGGACUUAGAUGGCCAUAAGGAGGCAGGGACUAUCAGUUUCAGCAACUGAUUUUCAUGGAGUAAGACCACCAGGAAUGAGCUGCUCUGCUCAUUAGGCCAGACACUCAGCCAAGUCUGUGGAGAUUGUGUUUUUGCUAAUAAAACAUUAACUCCAACUUUGAACAGUAUGACUGCUGACCAGCAUGCUCUGUGACAGCCGAGAACUGAACCAAGGACCUUCUGUACUCAAAGCAGAGAACCCACCAAUGAGCUAUGGUGGUUCCCAAUACAGCAGGGCAAAGUAAUACCAUUAUGUCACCUCUUCAAAGUCUUCCAUUUUACCUCUUUCACUGCUGCUGAUCUUCGUGACCUGAACUUUUUCUUUUUAAGUUGCAUCAUACAAAUGGACAAAAGUUGCUCAUUUUGUUCUCUGUUUAUGAUCCCUCUCUUUUCAGUAUCUACCCAUAUCCUCAGCACUUUCGUGCAGUUCAGUGAGCAGCAGAGCUGGCACACCCAUUCCACCUAUGUUGAUUUACGUUAUAUGUCACCUGGUUUUCAAGGUAACUGAACGAGGAUCAAAAUAAAAGAUACAGCGAGGGAGAGGCACUCGGGCUAUGGCUUUCCAAAAGGCUUGCAAGAAAGCAUGUUUCGGGGAAACCAAUGCAACCUUAUCUAUAGAAGAAACAAUUCAAAUCAGUUUCAUAAUAAAACAUCAGUAUCAAAAUGUCAGAGCAGUGAACCAACAAUCCCAUUAUCAGAAAGAAUAAGGGGAAAUACUCUCUGGCCCAGGUGGCAGGAGAAAAACAGGAGUGUGUGCACACUUAAAAGUAUUUCAGAGGAGGGCAAGGCUGUUCAGGUGUUAGUAGGAACAGAGUGAAACAUGGUAAGCAGCAAAUUACCAAAUUCCCUCACAGACAACCUUGGGUGGGUGGGUGUGCUGUAUACCUGUGGCAGGUGGGGCCUGGAGCAAAAGUGAGUGGAGCAACAUGACUGAGCACAUAGGUUUCCACACACAACCCCACCUCACAUUUCUGUAUCCUCCAUCCAUCCAGGCAGGCAAGAGCCAGGCAAACCCACCUGAGAGCACAGAUCAGGGCCUUUGAGGGUUGUGGCCUGAGGACAGGGAAUGCAGACUGGGAAGGGCAUACCCGCCAACGUUUCUCCGAUGAAAAUAGGGAUGCCCUAUUCAGUAAUAAUAAUAAUGCCCCACCCACUUCUAAUAUAUAUUUAAACAUAAUUAAACAUUUAAAAACCUCCCUAUACAGAGCUGCCUUCAGAUUUCUUCUAAAGGCUUAAGGGUUACAUAACGCCAUACCCUCCAACAUUGCUCUGAUGAAAACAGGGACGUCCUAAGGAAAAACUGGAAAUUCCGGGAUCAAGUCAGAAACCGGGACAGCUUCUGUACAUCUGGGACUGUCCUUGGAAAAUAGGGACACUUGGAGGGUCAGGAAGGUGUGUGUCCUUUGGCUCUGGGGGCGAAACACCUCUGGCUUCCAGGCAUGUGCUGGGAUCAGAGAGCAGUGUUUUGCUUUAAUGUUUGCACAGUCACUGUUGAGUUCAAUGCCCCUACAUUCAAUUCCAAGGACUCCCUGUCAGCAAGCGACAUGGUCAAUAAUAGCAAUAUUAUCAAUAUAAAAGCAACAGUGAACAUCUGCCAGAUGUAGGAUCCUUCCUUGUUUUUACUUCAUUUGCACACCAGCCCCUCUAAAGUUCAUCUUGUCCAGAACAAGUUGCACAGGUCAUUUGAGCAAAGUAAAUGUCUAAAGUCCCUCAGCUCCCGUAAACUGUUUUGAUCGGUUUGACAAAUGGCUUUCUCCUUCUUCUAAUGUUUUAAAUUUCUGUCUUUGUUACCAGGUGGUGGAACUGCUUCAAAAGAAAGUUGAAACAAGUUGGCUCCUUGGAAGUAGUUACAAAAUAAAUAUAUUUGGGUGGUGGGCAGAGGGUUGUAGUCAUGCACUGUUAGGAAGAAUUGCAUACAAAGAUGUGUACCGUAUAUCAGGAGAAAGUCACACUAAGAUGCUUCUCAGGUGUGUUACUGCAAUUCUGCUGCUGUUAAUGGCCCAUAUGGAUAUGCAGCUCUGUAUGAUGGCAUCAUAAGCUGCUCUCUUAUACAUCCAAAAGAGCAUAGUUGGAUACAUGGUAUCUCUGGAGGUCCUUCAUGGGCUUGGGGUUCCUCCAGUGCUUAGCAAGCAUUCAUCCUGAUUUGCUUGCAAAAAGCUGACACAGGAGGUUAGACUUUGUUUUUUUAUUGCACAUUUGUUCCAAUUUGUUGAUGGGGAGGUUGAUUACAGCGUAUUUGCUGCAACAGAGCGCUUUAAUGCAAAUCUAAAUUUCGCGUAGCUACCUGAAUCCCUCCCGCAGAAUUCUGACAAUCUGGAGGUGGCCUUUGAUAAGUGUCCAUAGUCAGAACAGCAUCCUCCAUGCUAUCUUACUUGGUAAUGUUUCAACGGAAGUUGCAGGGUCAGCUUUUUGCAUGGUCAUUCAAUGGACACCUGGUGCUUAUGUAAUACAGGUCUGUUUACAAGUUGAGCACAGAGGAAUAGGCUAGCAACCAGGCACAUUGCUAAUCAUUAAACAGGAUGAGCAUGCAUUAACCAAACCCUCCCAGGGUAGCUGCUUUUUGCCAGCUGUGAAGUCUUCAAGCUCUUUCAGGACAACCAAGCUGUCCUUAACCUAACCAGACCCAAGCAGAUGGAAUAUGAGAAAUAAAUGGCAGCCACCAGCCAUCAAUACUCAUUAAGCUAAAGUUACCAGACGUCUUUGUUUCCCGGGCACAGUCCCCAGAUUUACAAAUCAGCCCCUGACAAAAUCCAUUCAUUCUGGCUGAAGUUGAAAAGUGUCCCCAGAUCCAUUGAAAAAAAUCUGGUAACCUUACAUUAAACAAGCAUGGUCUAGCCAUCUAUGUUAAUUACCCAUCUUCAGAGGGCUCUCAUUUGAUAGCCACCAUUUCCAACAAGCAGCAUUUAGAGGGACCCAUCCAAGCUACAGGUGGAUCAACAGCAAAACAGAGUGGUACCCUGUACACAUCUCCACCCAACCAACCAGCAUGUGGUCACUG